CGAAUUCAUUUUUAUAAUUUGUUUUGUACCACCUUUCGAUGAUACCAUUGGUCAUUGUGCCGAAUGCGCGCUGACAUUAUGUUCACUAUUUUAAUAAUCAAAGUAAUUUGGUUUUUACCAUUGAUAUGGGCAACUACACAUUGGGUCGUCACGCAAAAUGGACGAAUUACUCCCCAGAUGGAUUCAAUAUUUCAACUGGAGAAGUCACAUGACUUAAUGGCUCUUUUAGCUCAAGAAGAUCGUACAGCCAGAGCCGAACUCUUACGUGAAGAGCUUUUUCAGAAGAAAGUUGAAUUUGAACAUCGUGAAGAUAAAGAUAGUGGAGCACUCAUUGAAGAAAAGCUUUAUGCUACAGACCCAGAUUGCUUAAAAGUGGGACGAAAAGUCACCUCAAUGGCAAUUUUCGAAUCAACUCACUCUGAUUUUGAAUUAUACAAUAUCAACUUUAACAAUGACAUGCUGUUAACUGAGGUUGGCAAUUUGGAACCAGAUUGCUCCAAACCUCCAUUGGAUUUCUCCAUGUGCACUUUUGAACAUUUGACAGGAUUACAAAGCCGGUUAGGCCUGACAAUGGAACCGGAAGCAAGUUUGGAGAAAUUCAUCCCAGCCAAUAUGGAUCUCAAAUCUUUUGCCAAUUGGAUUGUUUUCAGUUUACAAAGGAAUAGUACCUCAUGGUUAUCGUUUAAUCUUGCCACUCUGUACUACCGCAUUGUCGGAAAUGCUGCCCAGGCGCUUGAGUGUAGCCGAAGAGCUCUUCUGUUUAGCACGAAGGAGAUGAAAACUAUAGCUUUAGUCAACAUGGGUAACAUUUUGACCCACAGUCAUCAGCAAGAAGAUGGAAUUAUCGUACUGCAUGCAGCUGUUGAUCACAACCCAAGUGAUCCAAUUGCGCAUUACACGCUUGCGAACAGCUAUGCCCUCAUAGGUGAUUUGAACAGGUCGGUUCUUUGCUACGAAAAUGUUUUGAAGCUGAAACCUGAUCUCAAAAUGGCUAUCAGAAAAAUGCACGGCAUCCAGUGCUUAUCCAAAUUGGAAAAAGCCCUAGAAACCCAGCAUAACGUUUUACAGCAUACAUUAACAGAAUUAAAGGAACAGCAACGCAAGUUCGAGGAAUGGAACCAGCUGCAAGAAAAGAUAGUGAGUGCUCAAGCCACAGUCGGACAACGACUUCGCAGUCAACUAGAAUACCAAGAAUUUCGUUUCCGUACUACGAAAUCUCCUCCACCUGUGCAGGACUGUGAACAGUAUGAAGAAGAUGGAUUCAUGUUUUUUCAAUGCAAUAUUAAAACGGACAUGUCGACUUUAGAGACUUGGGGCUCAGCAAUGAUGGAUUUACGUAACCGUCUGGUCGACUUUCAGACGCAAACUGACAAGAUUGUCGAUCUUCUUAGCUUGCGUAGUAUAGCCAAUCAGUCAUCACUUACAGGCGAACUAAACCCGUCUUUAACUGGCGCUGGUCCUGUAGCGUCUUCUUCCGUAAGAUCAGGGAGAUCUACAUCAUUUCAGUUUGAUCGCAGUGAUUUGGAUGAAAUGGAAACGAUGCCUCGUCCGCUUACUGAAUCCGAGUUGCAACGCUGCCCGUCACUCAGCUUACCCAAAAUUGACCAUAUGCCAACUGUAUUGCUGCUGCCGGAAUCUACUGGAUUAGAUGUUGUGAGUUUACUUAACGAACGGAUUGGUCUUCGCAUAGAUGAGGAUCACCCUUUACCUUGGUAUCCGCCCAUUUGUGAGAAACAUCCGUUGAAAUUACUACCCUACGAUGAGAUGUCAUCGAUCAAGUCUCGCAAUGAGCACAAAAAACGGUUGAGAGACGUGAUAAUUCAGCGACAUCUGCUCAGUUACGCUAGGAGUGACGUGGAUCAAAUGUUGAUUAAAGAUGGUGACGACGAUAUUCAGUCGACAGCAGCGCUGGCACAAGUGGGACAGCGUAUCCUUACAGCACUACGAAAUAAAAUUGGCCCUUCAUGGCUUCUGCAUACGCUGGCAGCUCUGUAUUGGCGCGGCCAUGGAAGAGCGUCUAAUGGCAUCGAAUGUUUCCGCCAAGCCCUGAAUUCCGUGCCAGAGCAGCAACGCCAUAUUCCGCUUACCAAUUUAGCUGGUCUGUUGUUGAAAAUGGGUCAAGUGAACGACGCAUUAUCUUUAGCAUCCGCUGCCUACCAAACAAACAGCCGAGAGCCAAAGACAAACUACUUAUUGGGUCUACUCCAUCUACAUUUCAACAACCACUCAGUUGCCGUUAAGCAUUUUGACCGCGCUCUUAAAAUUGAUCCGGAUUCUGCCCCAGAAAUUGAGCAUUACAGGUUAAUGGCAGCGUGUCACGCAGUCGAAAAAGAAACCGCCCAGCACCUGCAAUGCCAAGGAGUAAAUACAGAUUUAGGUUCAGACACAACGUAUAGGACAGUUCUGCGCUGUAGCAAGACGGAAGAAAACGAGGAAUCGGAGAGCAAUUGCGAAGCGGAAGUUCAGGGUCAUACAUCCAACCCAGCUAGUUUGGAAGUAGCCGCCAUAGCAGAUACGGACGAUGAUUUCUUAAUCGACUCGAUUGUCAAUGAACAGAAAUUCAUAAACUUCGAGCUCUUGCAGGAAGAAUCUCUACCUGAAGGACUGUUACGAAUGGGAAAAGUACUACCUCCUCUGCCUCUCACACUACAGCAAUGUCAGGGGCAUCGUAUACGUCUUCGAUCGCAGUUUACCUCCACCUGGCUAAGCGUUGCAGCCAAAAACAUUGAUUUUAAAAGCAUGUUGCCAAAAAGCGUGCCCUCUAAAGCCCUUGUAGAGCCUGUUUGUAAUGCCUCUUUUCCCGUCACUAUGGCGACAUUUGAUCAUCUUACUGGCGUUCGACAUCGUGAUAAAAUUGACUACCGGGCUGAGAGCGCCCUAGAAGAAGCCCUGAAUGCCCUAAUAUUUGACAAAGAGAGAAUCGAUUCGGAAGAAGUGGCGCGCUAUUUGACCUACGCUCUAAAAAACAAUGCAACAUCUUGGGUAUUGACCACAGCUGCGUCUCUCUACUGGCGAGUUAAAGGUCAUGUAAAAAAUGCCAUUGAUUGCCUUCGAAUUGCCCUGCAUCACGCGCCGUACGAUUUCAAAGAUAUUCCCUUAACCAGUUUAGCCAACAUUCUUCAUAGAUCUGGUUUACACAAUGACGCCUUGGUGGCGGCCUACAUGGCGUUGGAAAUCUCACCGACAUUUGUGGUUAUUCACUUUACAGCGGCCAACAUCCACGCAGCUCGGGGUGAUGUUGCCAGAGCAUUGUCUUUUUAUCAGUCAACAUUGGCUCUACAACCAAGCUUUGAGCCGGCAAGGCAACAACUGAUCGAACUCCAGUGCAAACAACUUUUAUUGGAACAGCAUUCUGUAGUCUAAAAACCGGUAUUAUUCUAAAAUGGGUAUCUAUUAUAUUAACCAUAUAGUUUCCACUGCCAAAUUGCGUUUUGUGAACACGUUGUUUUUUUACUGUUACUUUUGAAAUCUCAACUGAGGCCCCACGGAUAACCGAAAUUGCACACCUCUUUACACUCCGUUAACUAAGUUGUAAUUUGAGACUUUUUAAAGAAAGAAUCAAUUCGUUUUCAGGAAAUUAAUGGCGGCAAGAUAAAUGUAUGACUCAACACAGAGGAAGCAAAACAACAGACAAGAUCCGCUGUCACACGCACAAGAGUUGCCUUCCGUUAGAAUUGUUCACGCCAAUCUUGGGCAGUGUUCAGCAGCUGCGGUACAAUAGGAAGAUUGUGAUCAAGGGGAAUGGCUUAAAAGUCGACUGGAACUAGCCAAGGUUAUGGUACAAAUGAGAACUUGUGGACCUUAGCCCGGAAUUUUCGUCCCUCCCCUUCUGUCUCUCAUGAGCACCUGGAUGACGAGGCUGUGUAACCUGAUCAGCGACUCAAAUAACCUUAAAUGCACAGCAAACCUUCGUUUCUUUGCUCACAAUCCUCGGAGAGUCUGCUGGUUUCUUAUAGAGGGACAGGAGUGGAAAUGUAUUGAGGAAGCCGAAUAAGGUUUCCAUCCGCCGGAAGACUGACAGCGACUUUUGAAUUUAGGUUAAGAUAUAGAGAGAGUUAUUUUUCAUCUCAAAUAAAUUUUACUUUUCAGCAUCAGAUUACUAACCAACAUGGAUGGGUCAGAUAGAAAGAAAUCUAGAAUCAAGAAUUAUAUCGCACGAUAAAUAAGAAUCCUGAAUGGGUGUACCUCCGACCGACUGGCUUCAAACGUGCUGGACGUACUCGGAGAAAGUGGCAGAGUUGACCUGCUCGGCUGCUCGGUUGAAGGGAAGAUGCAUACACUUGGCUGUCGCAACCGGCUAUUUAACGGCUGUGUGCGGCUUGAUGCUCUACAAUGCCAUCACCUUACGAGCUUUGCUUCAGUUUUUUUGACGCAAAUGAAAACCUUCAAUAGGUGGGAGGGAUUGCAGAACGGGUGGAAAGAAGCGACGGCUGCACCCCCAUUGGGCUGUUUCUAUCCGGUCUAUCCAUACAUCUACCAUAUUUUCAACAAAAAAGAAAAAAGAAAAAAAAAACUACACGGGGAUUGAAGGAUUCCCUAUGACAGGAAUAUUGACGUAGAAGCCUAGCGCCUCCCGGAAUAGCUUGAACAGCAGUCAUUCCAUCUAGCUUGAUCAGUUUCAUUCCGCAUACGAAAAAACGAAAUGCAGUACUCGACGAAAUGUGAAAGGUUGGCGUGAGUCCACGCGCUCAGGAUUGUUAUCAAGCAGAAUUUUUACAAACACUUUGGCUGACGGCCAAAGCAAAAAGAAAGGAAUAUGUCAUAUUCGUGUAUCUGGAAAAGACAAUCUAGAAGCCCUACGUCUGCGUCGCAUCCCGAUAGGUUCCCGUAUUCUACGUGACCGUUCCUAACUCGAUUGAACGACGGAAACAGCAAACAGAUUUUCGAUUGCCUAUGUAGGUCCAUUACAAAACGAGAUCGAUAAGCUAUUUUGGAAGGGCAGAGGGUGACGUCAUAGCUUCCUUAGAGACUGCUGUCUCCGCAUCGUGCCAACGUCACGUGAUACUUUGAAUGAAUGAGAUCAAUGGAUAGCAGGGAUCGAACCUCGUGAUGGGCGAGUUAAGGGGAAAAUAUAUCUUCUUGAGUUUCCUGUUUAUGCCCCCGCCCCCGCAAAUGGAUUUUGGAGCCGAGUUUCAUCGAGGAUAAAAUGCUACAACAACUUAGAGCUGUACAUAAUUUCUGGUGUCUGUAGUCGACUUUCUUUGAAUGAACUGAGAUUAAUGGAAAAACACACUGUGGCAUUGACAACUGUAGUCACUCGUAAUCCAUUCGCGAUCCUGGAAUUUAUCUUGGUAAGUUGAUUAUCAUGCUGAUUGAAAUGGACACGAGAAUAAUACUUACUACAUCACUCGCUUCACUGCAAACAAUAAUUUUAAGGUUGAUCCAAGGUAUAGUAAGAUUUAAAUGAAAGCGAGCUAUUUUUCAUCUGCUCUGUACCGCAACGACGAGGUUGUGUAUUUCGUGAAUUAAUUGAACACUUCACUACACGAUGGGCUAAAAAAAUUCCAUUGAAAGGAUCAGAGAGAAGAAAAAAAACUAGCCAAUAAGGAUGGAGCGGUGGAUGUUGUUUGCCAUCUGCAGGCUCCGCGGUGUAGAUAUAUAUUGGGACUGGGAAGAUGAGUGACAUCAGCUUACGUCACUGAGAUCCACCCGGACGCCUGCGUCCAAAGACCUUUAUGACGUUGUGAGAUCUCCAUUCCUCGUGUGAGUCGCUAGGCAACGGCAUUCAGUCAAUGUAGCCAAAAAGAGAUGAACUAUUUACCUGCGUGGGUUAAAUUUAUAGACUUAGUAUACAUACUAGUCCCUCUAAGUAGACAGACGCUAGAAAUUUUAAAUAUUUUUCAAAUUUAAACUUAGCAAAUAAAUUAAGCAUUUUUAAAAUUGUAGUUUUCUUUCGUGUUGGACUUGUAGAGGGUCGGAAGGAUAACUAAAACAUUUAAAUUUAUCAAGCAAUUCCGACGAAGGCAAAAAAUAAUUUCUCAAAUCAUUCCAACAAGAAAUAAACAUCAAGAAUGGACGUUACAACUUUUUGAAUCUAUGCGUUUGCGUCAUAAAUCAAUGACGUCAUAAUCCAUAAAAUGACUUCCUCUUUUUAGCGUCUUUUCUUCAUUUAAUUUUACUUUGAAGGAAAUGCUUUCCAUCAGGAGUGACCUUCUGUAGAAGCAAGGAAAACCAUGGAGCAGUAAGAAUAAUAAAAAAAAGCAUCUUUAGCAUCCCAUAUUUCUAUCAUAGACUACGAAGUAGAAGACUACGAUUGCCGCCAUGAGGCUGAGAGGAUUGGGAAAAGACAUGUGCGUCCUUUGCCGUUUGGUGUCGCAUCGUCGCUUUUCGGAACUUUAACUUUUUUUUUCAUUUCCCUACUGAUAUAUAGAGGAAGUUUACAACUUAUACAGUUAAGAAUUUUUCGGGGUUUUCAAUGAUUCUCGGUCCAAAAUAUCUACAGUUUUUAUUUAUAUAUAUAAAUUUUUUAAUUUUUAAAAUUUUAAUUCAUUUUUCUAAAUAUUGUCUCUUUUGUCUACGAAUAGGCAACGUUGCAGAAAAAACCAUUUUUAUGUAUAUCCCACGCCAUUAUGACUGUUGGAUCUCUCUGAGAAAGUUGUUCAGGUGGUGGAAACUGAUAGACAAAAGAUGAAAUAUGAAAAUGGCCAGAAGCUGCAUAAUAAACCAAGCGUGACACGCCAACUGGAGUAGCGAAAGGCAGUGAAAUUAUGCUCGUAAGGUGGCGUGGAACAGGAUGUCUGUUCACUUUUACAGUACCAGAAGUUCUAGGUAUCAGAAAUGCAUUAUCUGCAAUUCUUUUCGCUAAAACUGCCUCCUUGCAUAUUUCCCCUUGAAUCGAAGUGUAAACCCCUCAGGCCCAUGAAUGUGAAAGGCAUUGACACCAGCCAACACUGAAGUUUGGAGCCAUGAUUUUUCAGGUUUAUCAAAAACUUGUAUCGGGCAGCUACGGUAUUAUUCGUCGAUUUCUCUGGUGAUAAUGUAACCCAUCACAUCUUUCCACUCCAACUUGUACUUGAUUCGUUUUCCGAGUAGAAAAUCGAUUAAGCCGCGUAUUGCCACCUAGAUUGACAUAGAGUUUUGUAUAAGUUGCUCAGAAUCCAAACUCGUUUUGUAACUGGCAUGGGAAAGAUUUUCCGCGAAUCUGUCAUUGAUGGGACGAUAUCUUCAGAAAUUUUCGCUGUUCAGGAUGAAUCCGAUUUAUUUCAUUGGGUCGUUUUUACAGCUAACAACCUAGUCUUCAUUUUCUUCCUUAACUCAUUGUAAGCCCAUUUCUUGGCUAGAGCUGUCUCUCAUCCUAAAAAUAUGUUUUGCUUUGUUAAUAGCAAGGCAGUCUCGCUUUUUCCAUUGAACGCCCGUAGUUUUGAUCUAGCAAUAUCGCGAUCUUCUAAUCGUUUAAAGUUUGGUCACGUAAUCAGCUCAUUCCUGUUCGCUUUAAUUCAGCGCUUAAGAAUUUCCCUGACUGGGUAGUGAACUCAUUGGGGGUAUCUUUGAAUCUAUUCGAGUUUUAUCCAAUCCGGUCAAUACUUAGUCGUCCCUAACAAAAACAUUAGUGUCUUAGCUGAUUUUUACAUCGUUUGCGACUUUUUCUCCGACUGAUGGCUCCGCAAUAUCUGUUAGUGGGGUUUGGCACCUAGGUUCUAUCCCUAUUUUUACAACAACUUGUACUUGUUUCACUUUGGUUAAAUCUAUUUACUCGAGUCAAAUCCAUCCUAUAAUAAUUCAGUUUCUCGAAUGCGAGUAAUUAAUUUAAAAACACUUCGGGUUUCAUUUUGAGUCUACACUGCUUUUCAGGACCAGAUGUAUGCAGAAGAUAGCAUAGACUAUUCACUCUCACGGAGAAACGGCGAAUGAAUUGCAUUCGACAUUUCUUUAGGCUAAAUUGUAUUGCCAAUUAACGAAAGAAUUGUUUGCAGAUGACAGUAAAUUUGUUACGAUGAAGCUUCGUGAUGUCCAACUACUCAACACAUGCUGCGGUGGAAGACCACACUUAGUGGAAGAAAGAGCUCUCCAUCGGUGAGAGGAGAUGAUUUGGACUAGAUGGGAUACCUGUUGUCUUUAACAGUCGCACCGGCAUCUGUGUUUCUGCUUCCGUUUCAGCAUAUUUCUAUGUCGGUAGCACGUUGGGCGUAUCAAUGGAAAAAUCAUGAAUGUCGAUCUGAAGAAAACAAACAAAAGCGAGGUCGCAGAUUCCAUUUGGUAGGAGCUUGGUAUUCAGUGCUUAGAGUAAAAUACACGACUUUGCUAGAGA